UAUAUAUUCCGUAUCUCCACCAAUUCGACUUCUAGGGUUUCUGCAUCUGCCACACAACUACUAGCAGCCAUGGUUCUCAAGACGGAACUCUGUCGUUUUAGCGGAGCCAAGAUAUACCCUGGGAAAGGCAUUAGAUUUAUUCGCGCCGAUUCUCAGGUUUUCCUGUUUGCUAAUUCGAAAUGCAAGAGGUAUUUCCACAAUCGAUUGAAGCCGUCGAAGCUUACCUGGACAGCCAUGUACAGGAAGCAGCAUAAGAAGGAUAUUGCCCAAGAGGCUGUGAAGAAGAGGAGACGUGCUACCAAGAAGCCCUAUUCGAGGUCCAUAGUUGGUGCCACCUUAGAGGUUAUCCAGAAGAAAAGAGCUGAGAAGCCGGAAGUCCGUGAUGCUGCCAGGGAAGCUGCACUCCGUGAAAUUAAGGAAAGAAUCAAGAAAACAAAAGACGAAAAGAAGUCGAAGAAGGCUGAAGUAAUGUCCAAGUCACAGAAGUCACAGGCUAAGGGUAGCAUUGCCAAGGGAGCUGCACCAAAGGGUCCUAAACUUGGAGGGGGUGGUGGAAAGCGCUGAGCGGCCGGUGUGUUCUUAUUUUUGUUUCCUAGUGGAGUUAACAGUUACUGUAACCUUUCAUUUUUGAAUGCCGUGUAAGAAUUCAUUGGCCUUGUUGGGUCGAAUCAUUUAUAUUUUCUGGCUUUUAUCGCA